AUGCUGUGCUUCAUGCCGGGGGUGGCCUUCAUCCCCGCGCUGCUCGUCUGCUGGUCCUCGGCCGCCUUCAUCAUCUCCUAUGUGAUCGCCGUGCUAGGGGGGCACGUGGAGCCGCUCGUCCCCUACAUCAGUGACACAGGAACAAAACCUCCAGAAAGUGGCAUCUUUGGGUUUAUGAUUAAUAUUUCAGCAUUUUUAGGUGCAGCUACAAUGUACAUCAGAUAUUUAAUAAUAGAGAAGCAAAAUGAAUCAUCAAAUUUUAUGAGUCCUUCAUGUAACUUAAUUGCAUUAUGUAUUGGAUUGCUGGGCUGUAUUGGAAUGGGCAUUGUUGCAAAUUUUCAGGAGUUAUCUGUUCCCAGCGUCCAUGAUGGAGGAGCUCUUGUGGCUUUUGGCUCUGGUGUUGUUUACAUUGCACUUCAGUCUGUCAUCUCUUUCAAGUCAUGUCCACAAUGGAACAGUCACUGUACAUGUUAUAUAAGGAUGGCCAUCUCUAUAGUGUCGUGCAUAGCUGUCAUUCCCAUGAUUGCAUGUGCGUCAUUAAUUUCCAUAACAAAAGUUGACUGGAUUCCAGGUGAAAAGGAUUAUACUUAUCAUUUUGUGAGUGCAAUCUGCGAAUGGACAGUGGCCUUUGGUUUUAUCUUCUUCUUCUUAACCUUCAUUAGAGAUUUUCAGGGAGUUACCUUAAGGAUAUUAACAGAAAUACAUGAAGACUUCUGA